CCUCUUCUUUAAAUAGGAGGGCAGAGCUGGGGUCCCAGGGAGUCAGGGAGCAGAGAGCCCGGGAGCCCUCAGGCCAGCCCUGCCCACACACCUGGAAGAUGAAGAUCCCCACAGCCGCCCUCUCCCUCCUCAUCCUUGCUGCUGCCCUUGGACCCCCGGCGUGUGGAUCCCUGGCCCGUGAUGUCGGUAUGGCGAUACAUGAGUUGGAUGAACCCAUAAUAGUGUAUUCUGGGGUGCACCAUCCCCCUGACUGCUGCUUCUCCUACACCCCACGGAAGAUCCGAUGCAGAUUCAUGAAAUGUUUUUUUCCAACAACCAGUGAGUGCCACCUGCCUGCUGUCACGUUCAUCACCAAGAGGGAGAAGCAUGUCUGUGCCAACCCCAGCGGCCAGGGGGUUCAGGACUGCGUGACAAAGCUUAGACGCUGCAGCAGGAUGGGGGGCUGAGAUGAAGCGAUGGCAUAUGCCACGCACCCACCUGCAUCCUCUCACCUUCUGGGAGUUUCUUGGCCUGAAUUCUUCCUUCAAAAGCAACAAAUAUUGUUCUGUUGUGCUUAUAAACACUGGGCACCGAUAAAAAAAAAAAUCCAAUAUACCUUUACUUGAACUUUAAGAGGAGAAAGAAAUGUAGGAAUUGCUGGACUUUGGACUUGUCUUUUUUU